CAUAUCAAAUAUCGACAACACAAGGACUAGCUAUUAUUUUUUACAUUUACGUGUACGCAUGUUUACCAUUCGUGUAACUUCCCGUAUAUCGAAGCAUCUCAAUACGAUCCCCAAUUCAAACUUGACAAGUUUACCCACGUAAUGUUCCUUGCAUUUGGGUCAAGUCGAUACGUGUACAACUCUUAAAAAUAUUUUUGUGGAGUUUUGGCAUAAUUUUUGACGCUGUCCGGGUUUUUAAUCGUUGCUUUAUUCACUUAACAAGUGUUGUUCUACAAAGAUGGCGCGACAUCCGGGUCUUGGCCCGCUGUGUGACGUCACCGAACUCCCGGAAGUUGGGACUCAAUUGGAAUUCGUCACACCGGUUCUGAUUAGGUAUGAACUCUCAGGCAAAAUGUAUGUUUUCGUCCCUAAACGCUACAAAAACAACCGCACCAAGGAGCAAAACUAAGAUAAGUGGAGAUACUCUGGAUAAAGAUUUUGAAAAAAACAUCAGGCAGGUCUGCAGCUGGUCCUCGCUGGGAAGGAGGAGUGGAGAGACGAGCGGAGGAGGCGAACAUCUCCCUCCUCAGCACGCUGACUAGACGGGAAGCAGAAGAAGAGAAAGCAUCAUGGCCUCCUUCUGGUUGACCAGAAGUAGCGGCCGAGUUCUCCUCCGCCUCCUCCCGAGGACGCUGCUCCUCCUGCUGCUACUGCUUCUCCUUGCCCAGCAGGCGCAGGCGGCGCUCCACUCCAGCUUUCGCCGCCUGAGCGGCCGCGAGAAAAAAGAGAUGCAGAAGGAGAUCUUGUCCAUCCUGGGCCUGCCGGGGCGACCCAGACCCCACCCACCGCUCAGGCCGCCAUCCUCAGCCCCGCUCUUCAUGCUGGAUCUGUACCACGCCAUGGCUGUGGACGGCGAGGACGACGGCAACGACAUCAUCGGGCCCGGACCUGUGGUCAAGUUCAGAGGCGGCGAGCGGCGGGCUGCGGUCCACCGCCCGGCGUUGCCCACCCUCAGCACGCACAUGCCGCCGCUUGGCACCGUGGUCAGCGAGGCCGACACCGUGAUGAGCUUCGUCAACCUGGUGGAGCAGGAGCGAGACCUCCUGCAGCCUCGGCCGUACUGGAAGGAGUUCCGCUUUGACCUGACGCCGCUCCCGCAGGGCGAGACGGUUACGGCGGCCGAGUUCCGCAUCUACAAGACGCUGACGUUGGGCCAGAGGGCAAACCGAACGCUGCACAUUUCCGUCUACGAGAUCCAGAGAGACAACAGACACAGGGAGCCUGAGCUGGUGCUGCUGGACAUGCAGUCCGUACCCGCAGGCCAGGAAGGCUGGCUGGCCUUUGACGUCACCUCGGCCUCCAACCACUGGCUCCUGCACCCCCGCAGCAACCUGGGCAUCCGACUCUACGUGGAGACGGAGGAAGAUCGCUCCCUCUCGGCGGCCUGGAUCGGGCUGGUGGGCCGCCGGGGUCCUCGCUCCAAGCAGCCCUUCAUGGUGACUUUCUUCAGGGAGAGCCAGAUCCCCUGUCGGCCCCCCCGCGCCGUCAAGACACACCCCCGCAGGAAGAAGCCCAAAUAUGACCUCCCUGUGCCCAGCAUUCAUAAUCGAAGUCCCGUCAACAAUGGCGGUCAGCCAUGUAAAAAACACGAACUCUACGUCAGCUUCAGUGACCUCGGAUGGAAGGACUGGGUUCUGGCCCCCACAGGCUACUCUGCCUACUACUGUGAUGGAGAAUGUUUCUACCCUCUUGGCGCCUGCAUGAAUGCAACCAACCACGCCCUUAUCCAGCAAGUAGUGCAUCUUCUCAAACCAGACGAGGUUCCCAAGGCAUGUUGUGCCCCCACUAAGCUGAGUCCUAUCUCUGUGCUCUUCUACGACGACAACAACAACGUCAUCCUCAAGAAGCAUCGCAACAUGGUGGUGAAGAACUGUGGCUGCCUAUAAAAAUUGGUAUAAACCA